UUUGAAAGCUACUUAGCCGGAGCCAAAGGCCGCAGGGAGUUCAAGCAGCCGGCUCUAAUAAUCAUGGUUUAACCAGAGCUUACAAGUAAGUCUCAGAGCUAUGAAGGAAGAAGCAAUCCGAUGUGAUGAGGUUCUUGCAGAGAGUCAGGUGCUGGGAGUAUUGUCAACAUCAUGCAAUUGUGCGAGUUAAGCACCCGACUCGCCCCGACAAGGCCCGUCGCUUGGGAUACAAAGCCAAGCAGGGUUAUGUUGUCUAUUGUGUUCGGGUGAGACGCUGUGGUAGGAAGAGCUGGUCGAAAGCAAGUGAUCAGUUGGAGGAAAGAGAUGGUCGAAAGCUUGGUAGCCUUAGGGUUGUAAAUUCAUAUUGGAUCAAUGAGGAUUCAACUUACAAAUACUUUGAGGUCAUCUUGGUUGAUCCUGCCCACAAUGCUAUCCUCAACGACCCAAGAAUCAACUGGGUGCACAAGCACAGGGAACUCCGAGGACUCACCUCUGCUGGCAAGAAAUUCUGGGGUCUUCAUGGCAAGGGGCACUUGCACCACAAUGCUAGGCCUUCAAGAAGGGCAAACUGGAGGAGAAACAACACUCUCUCUCUUCGUCACUACCGUUGAUUCUUCCGAGCCGCAUCAUUCGUUCUUGUUACACCUUACCUUCAUAUAUUUUGUAAGGAUGAGAAUUCUGAGACUGAUAAUAUGUUUGUGUUUAUACCUCUAUGAUGAAGAUGUGUGGAGAAAAAACUUCCUUCAAAGUGUGUAAUGCUAUGAUGCUGAGUGGUCAUACUUGAGUGUUGGUUAAACUUAAAAAUAGUGAAUGCUUAUGCCUAUUGAAGGUACAUUUACUCGAUGAACAAAUGAGAUCGGGUUAGGUCA